AUGAGUAGUGAAGGUGGCGAUUUUUAUUUACGCUACUACGUUGGACACAAGGGAAAAUUCGGACACGAAUUUCUGGAAUUUGAGUUUAGGCCAGAUGGCAAAUUGCGAUAUGCAAACAAUAGCCAGUACAAGAACGAUACAUUAAUUCGUAAAGAGGCUUAUGUUUCAAAAAUAGUACUGGAUGAGUUGAAGCGCAUUAUUGAGGACUCUGAAAUCAUGCAAGAAGAUGAUUCGAACUGGCCGGAACCAGAUCGGGUAGGCCGACAAGAGCUUGAAAUACUUCACAAAGAUGAACACAUAUCGUUUACCACAAGCAAAAUUGGCUCAGUUGCUGAUGUAAACAGUAGUAAAGAUCCCGAUGGACUGCGGUCGUUCUAUUACUUGGUGCAAGAUCUCAAAUGUUUAGUGUUCUCAUUAAUAGGAAUGCACUUCAAAAUUAAGCCCAUUUAA